AUGUGACAGACGUUUAGUUGCGAUCGCGGUGAUCAUAGGAAUAAUGGGCGUCUAUAGUCCACCGCAGCCCGGUACAUAAUUCCUAAAUGGCAGAUAGCUACACAGGAAUGGUGGACGACCCAAGGUUUCAGGUAUCCCGUAGCGGAGGAGAUGGAGAUGGAGAUGGACGGGGGCAGGCAAACGCGGGUGUCGCGUCCGCAUAGGAUAAGCGAGUCCUCAAAGGUAUACCGCUGGGUGGAGCAGGCCGGCUGGGUGCUGCAGGGACUCAGCGAGCAGCGGCAGAGGGGUCAGCUGUGUGACGUGGUGCUGGUGGCCGAUGAGCAGCGAGUGCCCGCGCACCGCGCCCUGCUCGCCGUCUCCAGCCCCUACUUCCAGGCCAUGUUCACGCUGGGCAUGCGUGAGGAGCACCAGGCGGAGGUGCAGCUGGUGGGCGCCUCCUACGUGGGCCUCAAGGCGGUGGUGGACUUCCUGUACAGUGGGGAGCUGCCGCUGGAUGGGGGCAACAUUGACUACGUGCUGGAGACGGCGCACCUAUUGCAGGUGUGGCGCGCUGUGGACUUCUGCUGCGAGUAUCUGGAGAAGGAGGUGAGCGAAGACAACUACCUAUACCUGCAGGAGCUGGCGCUCCUCUACAGCCUGGAGCGGCUGGAGGCGUACAUCGACCGCUUUGUGCUGGAGCGCUUCGCCACGCUGUCGUUCACGCCUGACUUUCUGCGUGACGUGCGGCUGCCCAAGCUGACAGCGUACCUGGCCAGUGGGCAGGUGGAGCAUGAAGGCGAGCAGGCCCUGCUGCAGGCCGCCCUGCAGUGGCUGAGCCAGCGGCCGGACCGCCAAGCCCACGCACGCCAGCUGCUCUCCCACAUCCACUUCCCCUUGAUCCCGGCCGCUGAGCUCCAGGGCCGUGUGCUGCCAGCCGUCCGCUCGCUGCUGCCCUCGGAGGCGGCCUGUGAGGUGCUGAUAGAGGAGGCACUCGCCUACCACGAGCGGGCCAGUGCGCAGCCGCUGCUGCAGACGCCACGCUCCACGUUGCGCGGAGGCGUAGAGCGCCUCCUGCUGGUGGGCGGCGAGGUGUCGGAGCGUGGCGAGGAGUUGAGUACCGACGUGUGCCGGCUAGACGCCGACACCAGAUGGGUGGUAGAGACCCAGCUGCCGGCCCGCCGGAGUCACCACUGCGUCGCCGUCCUUGGGGGCUUUGUCUUCACAGCCGGGGGCAGCUCGUCCCGGGACAAUGGCGGCGAUGCUGCCAGCAACCUGCUGUACCGGUACAACCCACGUGACAACCAGUGGACCAAGGGCGCCCCGAUGAACCAGAGGCGUGUGGAUUUUUACUUGGGGGUAGUUGGGGACUGUUUGAUCGCCGUAGGGGGACGCAACGACAAUGGUGCUCUGUCCUCGGUAGAGGUGUACCGGCCAUUAGAGGACAACUGGACCUACGUAUCAGGACUCCCCAGGUUCACCUAUGGCCAUGCCGGCACCAGUCAUAAGAACCUGAUCUACAUCUCGGGUGGCCAUGACUACCAGAUCGGGCCAUACAGGCGGGACAUGCUGAGCUACGACCUGGUGGGCGACGCGUGGGUGGAGCGCAGGCCCAUGGGCGUGGCCCGUGGCUGGCACUGCAUGGCCUCGUUGCAUGAGCUCAUCUAUGCUAUUGGGGGCAGCGACGACCUGGAGAACAGCAUGGAGCGCUUCGACAUCCUCAGCGUGGAGGCCUUCGACCCAGCGAGGGAGCAGUGGACGCGGGUUGGCCCGCUGCUGCAGCCCAACAGUGAGGCGGCCGUGGCCUCCUGGGGCGACCGGCUCUAUGUACUGGGCGGCUACAGCUGGGAGAGCAUGGUGUUCUCAGGCGGCACGCAGAUCUUUGACCCGGCCAAGGGUCAGUGGGCACGGGGGCCCGACCUGCCCAAACGCAUCGCAGGGGCGUCGGCCUGCGUGUGCCAAGUCAAGCCCCGGCCAUGCAGCCCGGACAAAAAGAAGGUAGCGCACCAGAACAAGAGUGCAAACAGCGCCCCCCAGUGGCAGGGCAGGUGACUGACAGAGCAAAGAAAGGGGCUGUAACAGAAGACGGGCCGAAUGACGAAGACUAUUACACUGUUAACAUACCACACAAAGCACAACGUUCCUGAAACACCCCCCCCCCCAGGUUAAACCCCUACCCUGCACAGCCCGAGUACUGCGGUUUACAUUCCAUGCUGACUCCUUCAGUAUUACCCUUAAAAUGACGGUUUCUCCGUGCUUUGGGAACCUCCCCGCAUGUAACGUCCAGUGCUGCACGGAAGUGUUGUAAUGACGGCGGCGUUCAGCCUGCGUUGAGUUGUGUUUCACGCAUGUCUGUCUGUUUCUGUGUACUGUAACCUACAUGUCUUCCUUCAUUUUGAAUUUUGGCACAAAACGUCA